CGAAAUGGAUUAUUCAUCUGAUGACGAGCCCAUAGUUUUUCAAAGGAGUUCGAAUUGUGAUAAAAAGAUGAGACCAUCAAGAGGUGGAAAAAAGCGCCCACGGAAUACGCGAGCUUCUUUCGAUUUCUUUCCUGGAUUAACAUUGUCCGAGCAUUCUUUCAAACAACGAAAGGGCUUGUUCAUUAAGAAACUCAUGGAUAUCAAUAAUUGCAAGUCAUUGCAUCCAACAGAAUUUGAAGGUUAUACGAUCAAAGAAUGUUUUCAGAGGAUGGGAUGGGAAAAUUUGCUUAGUUUCAGCUGUGAAAAGAUUUAUACACGUGUUGUCGGACAGUGGAUGGCAUUGCUCUCAAGAACUGGGGAUGAAUUGACUGGCAUUGUUGAUGGUAAGUCCUAUACUAUCACUCCCAGAAUUAUCCAGGAUAUUCUUGGAGUUGACACUCGCACAGAUUUGCCAUACACGUGUUUCAAGGAUGUGGAUUUCAAGGCUGCCUCUGCAGAAAACAAAAUUAGAUGGACUAAAGGCUGCAAGACUGUCUUCGGGAGAGGAAAAUGAAGACAUCAAGGCAAAAGAGGGGUAUGAGAUAUCAAUGAUGACACCACUAGCGAAAAUUUUGUGGCGAAUAGCUAAGUCAACGUUUAUCUCUCGUGAUUUUCUUCUCACGUCAAUCUAUCCUCGUGAGAUCCAUCUUCUCCACGCUUUAUUAACAGGAGAUUACUUGUAUAGUUUUGCACAUUUGAUGAUCGAUGACAUAUGGGAUAUGUAUGAGCAGCAAGAUCGACGCUACAUUCCCUAUGGAAACUACAUAUCGGAAAUACUCUGUCGAUUGGGAGCCGUAUUUGAAGAUGAAAACGUGAAGGUUGUCCCCUCAAUAGACUCUGUGAUGUCAGUGGGAUCAUUUGGCAUGCUCGAAUUUUCAGAAUCCCCAACUGAACACAUAAUAUAUGAUAGAGGGAUGGAGGAAAGGAUUACCUUUCCAAACCAAGGUACAAGAGAAGCACCACCUCAGCCCCAGCCUACAAAUCUAUUCUCACAAACAUACCAGGACAUGCCACCUCAGACCCCCGUCCCUAGUCCAAACGUGGAAAUGACAAACUUGUUUACCAAAUUUCAAAACUUAAUGGACAAGCAAUCAUCAAUAUUUCAAAAACAAUAUGACGAAUUGAAGACGAUGGUUAGCAACAUACAAAAGCAGAUGGAACACCAAGCGUCAGAGGCAGAACGCCGUGAACAAGAAAAAGAAAAGCUAGCUGAAGAAACAGAAAAGCUUGCAAAGGAAAGAGAAAAACAUGCACAGAUCCGAGCUCAUGCAAUAAUCUGGGACGUUGAGAGGCAGCGUUACUUUUACGAGAUGGAGCAGGAGCAGCUACGAAUGGCUUGGAACCAACUUAAUGGAGCCAAUUCAGUUGAUGAAUAUCAGUUUCCACAGAUUUCUCGCGCUUCAUUACAUCCACCACAGGAAGGGUCUCCAUAUUAUGACCCAACCCAAGGUGAUGAAAUCCCGAAGGCAUUUCAGCCUCUGUACGAGGACAUCUAUGGCCCGAAACGUAAGAAGCUUUCUUCCCCAUAGGCUUUUUGCUCUGAAAAUGUUGAUCUGAUCACAUGGUAAGUUUUGUAGGCCUUUUAGGAUAUGUUAUGUACUUAUUUAACUGGAUGGUUUCAGCCAAAUAGAUGUUUGCAAGUUGUGAACAGUAUUUA